UCAAUACGAUGGAAACAUGUUCAUGGUUAUACAAACCAGUGCCAGAGAGACAAAUCAAAGCCGUAUAAGGUUGAAGAUUCCCUGUUUAUUUGAAGAAAAGUUGUUGUCUAAUUUUGAUUUUGGGUGUCUUAAUUGACUGACAUAGGAAGAUUUUGUUGCUUUCUUAUGAAAUUCCUUCAUAAACAGUGGAUUGAAGUCCCCAAGGGGAGCAAAUUCCGUUUCAAUUGUCAACUUGUGAUGGUAGAAAACACCGAGACCGGUGACCCUGAUCUGAUAUAGAAUAUUAGCUUUAGGCCAGCCUGUUAAGAUGAGAUUGGUUUUGCUCGUUCACCUGUUUUGUUAGGCAUUAUUAUGUGUGUGAGUCUCAGUUGGUUACAUUGCAAUGAAAAGAACCCCAAACCAGAAAGUCUGAAAGAAUAGAAGAUGGGUUACUGAAAGUCUUGGUCGGCUGCCCAUGUCAACAAAAUACUUUGAAGUUUGAAGUGGACAGUUCAUUGGUGUAAAUAUCCUUAAGCUAGGACAUAGAUGAUGAAUCAUUGCACAAUUCUCACUUCGAAAUAAAGAGUUUUUUUGAAUAUAUAAGAAAAGAAAACCAAAAAAUUGGAAAAAUAAAUGUCAAAGUGGGUUAUUAUUGAUUCCAUUAAUGCUGAAUGUUCUUCUGAAUUGGUCCUUCUCGAUCUCUUUCUGAUCUCUAUCUUAGAGGGAAAACGUGUUUGAAGAGAAUAUAACUAAUGGGUCUCUCUUCAUUGAAAAACGUGUUGGAAAAGAGAACCUACAUUGCACAUAAUGAUAUUUUCCAGUCUAUAAUGCUAUGAACUUUGAGUGUUUGAUGAUGUCUACAAAUUAUAUUACAAAUUUACUGGCAAUAGUAUUGAAUCAGGCAAAACUAACCCCAAAACCAAAUUUAGAAGUUCACUUUGGAAUAACCUGCCAAAACCUGCUACAUCUUACAUGGUUUAAGCUUGAUUAAAACUACCAGAGCACCCAAGGUAGAAUGAUAUCAUCAUCUGAUUAUAUAGACCAUCUUUGCAUAAACCAAAGCAAUCACUCAUGAGGAUUUGGAUCACUCAUCUAUUGUUCUCUUCAAUGUUAGUAUAUUAUGCAGACCAAGUGACCAACACCCUAGGGAACAAUGUCUCCACCAUGCUGGCCUACCAAGGACGACUGGAAUGCAGAAAAACAAUGACUACUAGCAUUCAAACAACUUAAGAUGAUUUGGAUACAAAAAUAAUAUGCCGAUGGGGUCACUGGUCUCACCAUCUCUGUUUCGUCUUUAUAUGUUUGACAGACAUCAACGGAUGGGAAACAGUGAAGUCUAUCUUGAAUUUCUCUUUCUCACUCAUUUUAUGGUUCAUAUUUUCGUCCUUUCCUUAUGAAUCCGUAAACGUAACAACUACUUGAAAGAAGAAAAAAAUGGAAUCUUGGAAUUGGAUAUCAUCUAUGCAUAAAACACAAGAAUCCCAUUUUCCAACGCAAAGAAUAUGUGAAAUCUAGACAACAUGAGAUUAAAAAAACUUUUUUUUUUCAAUCCCAUCAAAAUUGCCUCUAGAAAAAGAGGCAUAACAGGUUGGUAAAAAGUUCUGUCUUUCACAAUUUUUGGAAGGAAAUGAAAUAAAUACAGCUUAACCACCAUAGGUUGGUCUUACUAUAGCCUAUAAAUUUCUUUUUCCAUAACCUUCUCAACCUUUGAGAACAGCUGUUAGACAGAGAAACAUAAGAAAAAUGUUUCUUUUCUUGAAAUCCUUGUCAAGAUCGGUCCAUGAAGAACAUCAAGAACAGCCAGAGUUAUCCAAAACCAAAGGUGAUCUGUGCACAUCACUAACAGUGUGGAGAAAAUCACUUAUAAUUAGCUGUAAUGGAUUUACUGUGAUUGAUUCUGAUGGAAAUCUAGUUUAUCGAGUUGACAAUUACAUGGCACGCCCCAAGGAACUCAUUCUCAUGGACGGCUCAGGAAAAUCCAUCCUGACAAUGCACCGUAACAAGAACCUUGGAUUGAUAGAUACUUGGCUUGUCUAUGGAGGGGAAGUAGGUGAUUAUUGCACAUCAGCAAAAUCAUCAGAAAAGCCAAUUUUCUAUGUAAAGAAGUGCAUUAACAUUUUACAUGGCAACCCUAACGUGCUAGCAUAUGUAUAUUGCCAGUCAUCGGACAAAAGGUAUGCUUAUAUGAUUGAAGGAUCAUAUUCGCAUAGAUCUUGUAAAGUGGUUGAUGAAACAAAGAGGAUGGUGGCAGAGAUCAGGAGAAAGGAUGCAAUAAUUGGAGGCAUUUCUUUCGGCCUAGAGGUUUUUAUGUUGAUUGUACAGCCAGGAUUUGAUCCUGGAUUUGCAAUGGCUCUGGUUAUUUUGCUGGAUCAGAUGUUCUCUUAGGUGUUCAAUUUUUUUGUUGUGAGAAUUAAUCAUUCAUGUUUUCAACCCAAAGCUGCCAUUGUAAUGAUCAGCUACUACAGCAGCAAAUACCAUGUAAAUAUUCAUAAACAGCGACUUAACAGAAAAAGCAAUGAAUUAAAAUUGAAUGAGACCAUUUUCCAUUUUACUAUAACUUGUGAAAACCAGCUCAACCUUGAUUAGGCAUAGAAAAACAAAUUCGAAAGUGGCUACUCCUAUCCAUUAUCAACAGCAUAUGCAUGCUGAACCAAAUACAUAGGUCCUCUGUUUUGUCAUUUUAAGCAGUUGACA